AAAGACCAGCAUGCCGAUAGUAUCACGGCUUCCUAGUGUUCGAUUUUACCCAACUGAUGCGGAGUUGAUCUACUUUCUGAGAAAGUUCUUAAAGGGUAACUCUUUUCCCAGUGAAUGCCCUAUUCGACUUGCAGAAAUCUAUGGAGACCGGCCACCCUGGGAGAUUUCUGAUCAUCCCGAAGAGAAAAUUGGUUACUUUAUUUCUCCUUUGAAGAAGCGGAAGGAAUCAGACAAAAGGUUUCGCCGAACUUGCGCCAACGGGACAUGGAAAGGCCAAACCAGUGGCGAUCCUAUCAAGAAUGGUAAGGGCACUGUGGUGGGAUUCAGAAAAAAUUUUGUUUAUCGAACUAGGGGUAGUAAACAAUCAAAGCAAGAUAAGAUUAAUUGGCUGAUGAGAGAAUAUUACGUGGGGGAUGAUUACUUCAGGGAAAACAAUAUUCCUAAGCAAGAUAUUGUUCUUUGCCGAAUCAAGAAGAAUAUUAUAACAGAGAGAAAUAUGAAGAAUGGGGUAACUAUAGAGGAACAAGAAGUUGCUCAAGUAAUAGCAGCUAUGUUGUGUGAACCUGACUACAACAGUACACAGUCAGCAACAAUUUGCCAACAACAUCAGGAUAAUUAUUUGAGAGGACUUAACAAAAAUAGCCAAAUUUUGACCACUUAUGAUACAGAUGAAGCUACAUUGGAGAAUCAUGGAGCCAUCACCAACAGAGAGUACAUGAUGACAGAAGAAGCAAAUACAACAGCCUGCGGGCAAGAAGAAGCAUAUGAUCAAUUAUCCUUCCCUGGAAUUCAGGAGCAAUAUUAUGCUGAAGCUGAUCUUAACGCAGAUAACAGUGACUUCUCAGAUCUUAACAUAGAUAACAGUGACUACUUGGAAGAACUAAUGAAUGGAAUAGACGACAUUGUUCCACAUGAUUGGUGGCACCAAUUCUACUAG